GAGCAUGCUACGAGCGAAAGAGAGCGAGAGAGAAACGCAUCUCAGCCAAACGUUCGCUCGCGAGUAAACCGGGGCCAGGCACGCGCACAUUUCUUCAAAAGACCGUGCAGGUAUCGUUCACGAUCGCAGAACACGAUCAGAAAGCAACGGACUAGCAAGCGAGCUGGUUGUGAAUACGACGACACGCGCAUUGCGAUUGCGUAAAACCAUCCGCAUCCGGCGGAAAGUUGUAUCUUGUGAAUCUUGUGUGGGUGGAUAGCGCACCGUGUACGACGUGGUGUGUGAGAAAUUGUUGCGAAGAAAAGCCAUUUUUGUGGUUCCAACACAGCGCGGCUCGCAAAACUACGACGCAGUGAAGGUUUGCUCUGUAGUUGUUGCAAAACGAAAAAGGCAAUUGUUGCUUGAAAUCAAGCAAAGUAAGUUCGAACAAGUGCUCCUGUGAUACAGCGUGGUGAGCAAAUUCAAACAGCAAGUGUUAGUGUGCGUCGCAGCAGGCGGCGAGAAAAAUUCGCAGCAGAAAUUCGCCAAACAAAAACGAAGAACGUCAAGGACGAUUUCCGGCCACUUCUAGGCAGAAGCGAACGCGUCAACGCACGUGUCUUGCAGCAUUUCUUUUUUGUAGAAAUCAAAUCGUGAAAAUCAGACCACAAUGAAGGCUAAUCGUUCGUUACCGAUGCUGGCAGUGGUGGCCCUCGGUCUGCUGACGGUAUUGCUUCCCACGACAGAAUCCUGCAGUUGCUAUCAACAGCAUCCCCAGACGGCCUUCUGCGACUCACAAUACGUGAUCAUUGCACAAGUGCUUCGCCGUACCGCGUCCAACGAUCGCGCGCUGGAUGCGUACAAGAUUGCUAUCAAGAAAGAGUACAAGAUGAGUGACGAGGCUCGACAACAACUGCGCCACGGUAAACUCUACACACACGCGAUGGGUUCGAUGUGUGGCAUCAAGCUGGAACCGAACAAGCUGUACGCGAUCGCAUCCAACAGUGCACAGGUCGGUUUGUGUGACUUCGUUCGCCCGUACUCGGAACUGUCGAUCGUGGAAAAGCGUGGACUUGCCGGGAUCUAUCGUAAAGGCUGCAAGUGCAAGAUUGACGUGUGCACUCGCCCCAAAUGCACUCAGAAAGUUGGAUCCUGCAGCUGGUCACCGUAUAGUACCUGCGAAACGAGCAACAGUUCGUGCGUGCCGACCGGUAUUGUUAACGAGGACGGAACACCGAUCAAGUGCCACUGGCGUCGAUCACUACGGUACAUGCAGUGUUUGGCUAAGAAUGGUGGCAAGUAAUAGCGAGGACACCGAGACGCACGGAACUUACACGAAAAAACCCAAGUAUGGAGCGCACACUUACGAGCAGAAUGCUUCCCGAGCGUCAGAUGAGCUAGAUUGUUGUUAUAAACCGUUUAUAUAUUCUGUUUUUGUUCUCGAGCGCGCCCCCUUUCGACUGAACCGAUCAGUUGGGACGUUUAUUUGAACAGUCGGAAAGGUUUCCUAUCUAUAUAUAUAUUUAUCAAAACAGUUUACAGUUAGGGAAGCAUGCAUACUUUCGUUAAGUACAAAUUAUGAUUAGCCACAGUGUGUGUAAAUGUAAAGCGCACACACAGGACGAAUGAGUAAACAGCAGGACGAGGAAUGCUGCGUACAACCAGGACACGCGUGUGGACACCUUGUCGGAGAAUACCAUGAGGUGAUGAUGAUAUUUGCAUGAAUAAAUUAUUGGCUUAUAAUUAGUGUAAA